UUUGUCUCAGCCUUAAUCCCCGUACAGCAUGUAAUGGCUGCCUCGGAUUCUGCUAUUCAGAGACUGGAAGACUAAAAAUUUCCCUUGGAUGUUUCAUCACUGUCCUAUUGAUGUCUUGAAAGCCUGCACAGUGAUGGGGUCCGUAUUUCACUGGGUGACAGCUGUUCACAUACUGACUUUUCUACAGAUGCCACAUUUGAUUUCAGGUCAGUUUAAAAUCAUCCCUCCUCAGAAUCCUGUCAUUGCUAUCAUUGGAGAAGGGGUUGUCCUGCCUUGCCAACUGACAACUCGGAAUAACGCUGAGACAAUUACUGUCCAGUGGAUACUUUCUAGAGACUCAGAAAAAAUAGAUGUGAGCACCUAUGAUGGACCAAAUAAAGCAAAGAGUCAGGAUGAGAGAUACCGAGGCAGAACGCAGUUCUUCCAAACUGAAUUUCAAGCAGGAAAUGUGUCUCUAAACCUGAAGGAUGUCAUUGUCUCUGACAAAGGGAAAUACACCUGCAGUGUCUCUUUGGGGACCUGGUAUGAUGAGGUGGUGGUAGAACUGGAUGUGACAGCUAGAGGUGGUGAGUCUUCCAUUUUCAUGGAGGACUAUGCAGACCAGGGGAUUGGCCUCACCUGCAGGUCAGAGGGAUGGUUCCCUGAGCCCCAGGUGCUCUGGUUAGACAGUAAAGGACAAAACCGACCAGAAAAGCCGACCACCAUCAACACAAAGACAGGUGCUGGAAUCUACAAUAUUGAAAGUGCCAUUAACAUUGAACCAGGCUCAGACAAUGAAGUCUCCUGCAAAAUAAUCAACAACAUACUAAAGACAGCGAGCGAGUCCAGAGUCCGAAUUUCAGAUGUUUUCUUCCCAACCACCUCCCCUUGGAUGGCUGCCUUCCUGGUCAUUUUAUUUCUUAGCAUAGCCCUUAUUGCUGUUGUAGGGUAUAAACUGAAAAAGAAUAAUGACACAACAUCUCGCUCAGUAACUGAGAAGAAAACAAUGGAAGAAGAAAAAGAACGUCUGCUCUCCACACUAGAGACAAACAAAAGGACAGAUCAAAUAGCAAUUCAAGACAUACAAGAAAAUAUUGAUCGACUCUCAGGAGAGCUGGUUCCCAUCACUCUGGAUCCGGACUGCAAACACCCAGAACUCAAACUGUCAGAGGAUCAGAAAAGAGUCUGGCAAGAACCUGCAUCUCCUGAGCUGGAUGCAGCCUCCGGGGCCCUGCUCGUGGUGGGGAAGGAGGGGUUUGUGGCUGGGAGGCAGUACUGGGAGGUGGAUGUGGGGGAGAAAGUGGACUGGGAGCUGGGGGUGCUUAGUCAGUCAGUGAGGGACAGAGUGAAAAGAGAGAAGGCAGAGAAACUCCCUGAGGAGGGAUAUUGGUCUCUGAAGAGAUCCCAGGGAGACUUGUUUUCAAGCAUAAAAAAUGCUAAGAUUGAAAAGAGGGAUAUGCAAUGUAAAGUGAUUGGUGUUUUUCUGGAUCAGGAAGAGAAAAUAAUCUCAUUUUAUGAUGCAGGACAUAUGUCCCUCAUCACAACUAUCCCUGCAGAGUUGACUAAUAAAAUUUUGUACUACCCAUUCUUCAGUCCCAGGAACAACACAGGUGAGCAGAAACCACUAGCAAUCCUCCCCAUCAGAGCCCCUAUUCCUUUAAAGCCUCUAAGAAAGGAAAAAUGAGCUUUAGUUACUUUAGAGAAGUAAAAUUCAAAACAGAGGGGAGAAGGGAAUGU